GUGACUUGGCCAGUUUCCGGUGCAGACGGCGGCGUGAGCGCGCGGCCUGCACAUUGUACAGACAAAGAGCGACGGAGUUUUUCAUGAUGUUCUGAGGCUGCAGAGCGGCUCACAUUUCAGGCAAAAUGUCAAAGCGGCCCUCGUACGCCCCCCCUCCUCCUCCCGCCCCAACAACACAAAUGCCUUCCACCCCGGGGUUUGUGGGCUACAACCCUUACAGCCAUCUGGCCUACAACAACCUCCGGCUGGGAGGGAGCUCCGGAGGCUCCGGCAGGAACUCCUCAGGGAUCACCGUCCCAAAGCCGCCUAAGCCUCCAGACAAGCCCCUGAUGCCUUACAUGCGGUACAGCCGGAAGGUAAGCAGGAAGGUAUGGGACCAAGUGAAGGCGUCCAACCCAGACUUGAAGCUGUGGGAGAUUGGGAAGAUCAUUGGAGGCAUGUGGAGGGACCUGACAGAUGAGGAAAAGCAGGACUAUCUCAACGAGUAUGAGGCUGAGAAGAUUGAGUACAAUGACUCCCUGAAAGCCUACCAUAACUCACCAGCCUACCUGGCCUACAUCAACGCCAAGAACCGUGCAGAGGCUGCCAUGGAGGAGGAGAGUCGGCAGAGGCAGAGCCGCAUGGACAAGGGCGACUCAUACAUGAGCAUCCAGCCGGCUGAGGACCCAGACGACUACGAUGACGGGUUCUCAGUGAAGCACGCUGCGGCUGCUCGCUUCCAGAGGAACCACCGUCUGAUCAGUGACAUCCUGAGUGAGAUCGUGGUGCCUGACGUGCGCUCUGUGGUCACUGUGGGGCGCAUGCAGGUGCUCAAGAGGCAGGUGCAGUCCCUCAUGGUGCACCAGAGAAAGCUGGAGGCUGAGCUGCUCCAGAUUGAGGACAGACAUCAGGACAAGAAGCGACGCUUCCUGGAAACCACAGACUCCUUCAACACAGAGCUCAAGCGGCUGUGCAGUCUGAAGGUGGAGGUCGACAUGGAGAAGCUGGCCGCAGAGAUGGCUGCGGCAGAGGAGGCGGCUCGUAAGCGGGCCGAAGAGAGGGAGAAGGAGGCCGCGGAGCAGGCCGAGAGAGCAGCCAAACAACAGGAGGACAAGCAAAACCACUCUGAGGCCUCUGCAGCAGGUGGCAAGGAGGAGGACAAGGACACGCCCAUGGACACCGAUGAAACGUCCAGUGCAGAACCCGGAACCGAGUCCAAGCCUGUCACUGGGCCCCCCUCCGACCCGCCCUCCUCCUCCUCGGAUAAAGCCUCCCCUCCGCCCGAGCCUCCAGGGGACAGCACCCCCAGCUCCGGAAGUGUCCCCCCCAGCGAGGACAGCAACAGCCUGCCCCCAGCGUCCUCAGAGGGGCCACUACCCACCAACACGGCCGCCGCCCCACCACUUCCCGAGGCUGCCGCUCCCAACCAGCCCCCACCGCCGACCCAAGAGGAACCAGUGCCUCCCCCAGUGCUCCCCCCACAACCGUUUGACAUGUAGCUAAUAUGUGGCAAGGGUUGGGGUAUGAAGGAUAGGCUACAUCCAUACUAAUGUAUUUAAAUAUGAAGAUGGGUGAAGUAUCUUGCCAAAGGACAUGACAAUAAUGCUGGUAGAAGGGAUCAAUUUGUCAAAGUUGGAAGCCAAGCAGCUCUACUAGAUUAAUUGUGUAAUACAAAAAAAUACAUUCUCGCAUCCUAAUAACUCAAAAUAGUUUAAAUUGAGAAGAUAUCGCAAAAGACAAUUGAAUUCUGUCAAUGAGACAAACGUUUUAAGAGUCAAGACAUUUCGCCAUUCACCCAUGAGGCUUCUGCUGUUCUGACAGGGUACUGUAAUUUACUGCCUUAUAUCUGUAUGAAGGGAGGAGCCAACCGCGCCGAAACUAACACACCCCUGCGUAAUCCCUCAUUUGUCCAGGAGUGGUCCAAUGUAGGAAAGAUUUCAGUGGUAGUUCAUUUGGUAUUUGCAAUCAAGAUGUUUCAGCUCUCAUCCAGAAGCCAUUUUCAAUUUGAUGGAACUGGUUUGAGACGCUAGACACUUAACUCUGUGCUGUAUAAAUCCUAGUGUCUCAGACCAGUUCCAUCAAAAAUACAAGUGAGUUCAAAACAUCUUGAUUGCAAAAACAGUGUCCAGGUGUUUGUAGUAAAGUCAAUUGACGUACCUUAAAGUGUGAACUACCCCACAAUAUGGACUGCUCUAAAGUGCGCACUAUCAUUUUUUGCAUCCUCGGUCCUGUCCCUAAUGGAUGAUACAACUCCUAUUGGCAUACUCCGAAUAUCCCUUUUGUACAUAUUCCCUCUUUAAAGAUUUGUCCAGUUAACAAAUUCAAUUUUCUUUUGCGAUAGAACCUACCUGGAUUACACACACAAUUGAGAAUGUAUUUUGAAUUAGUCUGGAUGUAGCCCCACUCGCCUUUCCAGCACUGGGAGAUGGGAGACUGCAUGUUCACUAUAGCCUAAUAAUAUCCAGCAUGCCCAUUUCACACCCAAUAGUGACAAUUCCAAUAAUAAUAAUAAUCUGCACAGCCAAAGAAACCAGGUAUUUAAAUCAGGAGCACACUGACCAAGCCAUUCCUCUGUCAUGUUAAUACACUCAGGAUGUGUCCGAGUCCACGCAGAACCGCUUUAGUUCAUCUUUUGAAGAUGCUGAAAGUGAAAAGUUUUGCUCCUGUAAUGGCUAAGCUGGACAAAAAUGGUUCUGCUAACACUGCGAAAAUGAGUUCAAAUGACUAGAAUUCUCAAUGUUAAUCUUGGGUUUUGACUAGUUGUGUUUAAUUUGCGAGGCUAGAUUUUUGGACUGGUUUUAAUUUAUUUUCUAAGCUCACAGUGGUUCACAAUCAAAAUCGCUCAAAAAAUACAGUAUUCCUUUCUGAGGGGGAUUGUCACAUUAUUGAAAAUCAGAUAUUAAUUGAUACUGAAACUAGUUUAGUAUCUAGAUACUUAUUUGAGCAAGUAUUGGACCACUGUGGAACAUACCUGGACCACUGAGGGAUUACACAGAUAUAAGACCACAUGGGAAUAUAAAAAGUACUACAGUUUAAGUUUGAAAUGUUUAUAUUAUGACAGCACAAAUUUCUUAUAUCAUUACUUAAAAUAAAAACAAAAGCAACAACGUACUAUUGUUUUUUUAGCAUCAAUUCUUUGGCUCCAAUGGUUUAUGUCUCCAAAUCUUAUAUUUAAAAUGUGUAAAAUGCAGGGUAUUCACACUUGUACCAAAACAGACAACAUGGACUACAAAACAUUCUAUCCAUCAUCCACUUUCUUCCGCGUAUCCGGGGCCGGGUCACGGGGGCAGCAGUCUAAGUAAGGACUCCCAGACAAAACAUUCUAUGGACAGAUAAUUUUGAGAGAGGAAAAUGUACUAAAACCAGUCCAAAAUAGCUUGAUAAAAUUCCAACAUCUAGACCAACUUACUAACAAAAUCUAUUCUGAUGUACUCAAUAUUUAGAAUUCACUAGAUUUGAGCUCAUUUUUGCAGUGCGCACGUGUACUCCGCCGCAUAUUUUAGCUCAGAUACUGUCAAUUAAACUACUGUGACGAGGGCAUUUAAUGGUUUACUUCCAAUUCCACUGUGGUAUUUUUCAUUCAAGCAAUUCCACAAAACAUGAGAUGGCCUUAGGAGGACCUCAACCCUAUCUCCUUGUGAAACCUCACUAUUUAACUCUACUACUGUAACUUUGUUUUUAGAGAGAUACUAGAAUAGAACAUUUAAAACUGCUCAAGUACUGAACCCAAAAAUGUAAUAACAGUAACACGAAAUACUACGCAUGCUUCACAAUUGACUUGAGUAAUGAGAGAGAAUGUUCUAAGGGCUGAUAAAGUUAGCCUGGUGAAAGUCCAUGUCCAAAUAGCCUUCACUGUGUAGGGUGCCACCAUUUUGAAAGCUACUGAUGAUCUAGUGUCCUUGAUUAGUCCUCCUCUUCCUCUUUGCUCAGUGUAACCUCAGUCAUGUAUGCAUUGAAGACUGUUGUUUCUUACUAGAAUUGGACUGUUUUAGUAAUAAAGAAUUAUAGCUUUGUUUUUGCAUCUUUUGUACUUCCUGAAUUUCUCUAUCCAAAUAAAGAGUUUCUGUUACUGA